UUCAGUUCUCAGAGAAAUGGGUCGGUGAAACGACACAACCAUGAAGCUUCUGUGAACAGUGUUUGGGAGUAAAGCCGCCGGAGACUGCAGGGAUCCCUUCUCUUUCAUUUAUUGAUCGAAAACUAUUUAAUUGAGCACAAGAUGAUGUCCGACGCCAGCGAUAUGUUGGCAGCAGCCUUGGAGCAAAUGGAUGGGAUCAUAGCAGGCUCCAAGGCCAUGGACUACUCCAACGGGCUGUACGACUGCCAGUCGCCCACCUCGCCGUUCUUGGGCGGCCUGCGGGUGCUGCACCUGCUGGAGGACCUGCGGGGGGUGCUGGAGCUCAUGGACAUCGAGGAGAGGGACAACCUGCGGUGCCAGAUCCCGGAUUCCACCGCGGACGGGCUGGCCGAGUGGCUGCAGGGCCGAUUGACCAACGGCCACGGCCCGGCAGCCGUCUACCAAGAGCGCCUGUCGCGGCUGGAGAGUGACAACGAGUGUCUUGUUCUCCAGGUAAGUGUUCUCACAGACCAGGUAGAGGUGCAAGGGGAAAAGAUUCGGGACCUGGACACCUGCCUGGAUCAUCAUCGGCAGAAACUCAACUCCACGGAGGAGUCGCUGCAACAGCUUUUGCCAAGUGUACGCCUUGCCCCACAGGAGCUGCUGACGCGGACGGCGCUGGAGACCCACGAGCUGGAGCUGAUGGCCGAGGUGUCCAGUCUGAGGCUGAAGCUGACGGCCGUGGAGAGAGACCACAGGGACAAGGAGGGCUUGCACCAGGAAGUGACGGACCUGCGGUUCAGGGUGACCGACAUCGAGACCGAGCGACUGCAGUGUGAGGAGAAGCUCGCCGUCACCCAGGAGGAGCUGCAGCUUCUGCAGAGGCAGCUGGAGGAGCGGGAGGAGGACCUGAGGAGGCUGAAGGACGAGAGCAGACUGAGGGGGGAGAGCCACAGCAGAGCUGAGGGAGGAGGAGAGAGAGAUACUGAAGUGAUGAAGAUGAAGAUGGUGUUGGAGUCCCUGGCGUCGACCAACGACGUGAAGGAGCAGCGGAUAAAGGAGCUGGAGGAGUCGCUCACUAAGUGCAAGAAAGAGCCGGAGCAGGUCAAAGAGAGGUUUAAUGAAGACGACUACGACGACAUCCCAGACGAUCCCUCGGUUUCCGUAUCCAUGGAGGUGGAUCAGGUGACGGCGGCGUUGGAAGGGGAGGCAGGAAGAAGCUCUGGCGAGUCCAUUCCGUGUAUAGCAGUGCUCUCUGAAAUGAAUGACCUGGACAGGGAACAACAGUUACAGGCGUCCGGAAGUCUAUCAGACGUCCCACAGCCAGGCAGCUCAGGCACUGUGAGCAGCAGCGAUCAGGCCAAAAAUAAAGCAGGACCCGGUUCCUCGUCUCCUUCCAGAGCCGGCGACGGGAGUUUCGGGACCAAGAAGGCCCGUUCUUCUUUCGGCCGUGGCUUCUUCAAGCUGCGUGGAGGCAAGCAGAUGGCCAGCUCUCCGAACCUGGAUCGCACCCGGAGUGCCAGUGCACCUGCGUUAGCUGAGGCGGAACGUAAGGGCACAGAUCACCUGGACUUGGCCGGCGUCGCGCCGAGGAAAUCUCACGACGGAGCCCAGCUGCCGUCCUCGCCGGAAACCAAAAAGAAGUCCAAAGGCUUCAGGAAAUUCUUUGGCAGACUAAAGAGGAGCCACUCCAGCUCCUUCAACCUCGACGAUGAAGCAUCGGAGAUGGAGUUCAGGAGGGGAGGAGUCAGAGCCACGGCCGGCCCUCGACUUGGCUGGUCACGUGACUCCAAGCACAACGUGGUCGACGUUCCCUUCGCGCAGUGGAGUCGAGAUGAAGUGUGUGCGUGGCUGCAUCAGCUGGGCCUCGGCCUGUACAUCGCUCAGGGCCAGAGCUGGAUCAAGUCGGGCCAGACGCUCCUCAGAGCAUCGCAACACGACCUGGAGAAGGAGUUGUGCAUGAAGCAUCCGCUCCACAGGAAGAAGCUGCAGCUGGCUCUGCAGGCUCUCGGGUCCGAGGACGACGACCUGAAGGGCAGACUGGACCACAACUGGGUGACCCGGUGGCUGGACGACAUCGGCCUGCCGCAGUACAAGAGUCACUUUGACGAGGCUCGUGUGGACGGAUGCAUGCUGCACUACAUGACGGUGGAGGACUUGCUGUCUCUGAAGGUGGGCAGUGUUCUCCAUCACCUCAGCAUCAAGAGGGCCAUUCAGGUCCUCCGCCUCAACUGCUACGAACCCAACUGCCUCAGGCGACGGCCCUCUGACGAGAACAACAUGACCCCAGCGGAGGUCUCCCAGUGGACCAACCACCGAGUGAUGGAGUGGCUGCGCUCCGUGGAUUUGGCCGAAUACGCUCCCAAUCUGAGGGGCAGCGGUGUUCAUGGAGGACUGAUGGUGUUGGAGCCGCACUUCAACGUGGAAGCGCUCGCCCUCCUGCUCAACAUCCCUCCCAACAAGACGCUGCUGAGGCGCCACCUGGCGACACAUUUCCAGCUGCUCGUCGGCUCCGAGGCGCAGCGGCUCAAACAGGACUGUCUGGAGAACCCCGACUACGUCGUCCUCACCGCCAUCGCCAAGGUCAAGCCCCGACGCUUGUCAUUCGGGGGUUUCGGCACUUUGAGGAAGAAGCGUCACGACGACGCCGACGAGUACGUCUGCCCCAUGAACGUGGAGAUGCCCAAGAGCAGCAGCUUCCAGGCGGGCGUCCUCUACGAGGAGCACCUCGACCACCUGGAACAGAUGGAAGACUCCGAAGGCACCGUGAGACAGAUCGGAGCGUUUUCUGAGGAAAUCAACAAUCUAACGAGCAUGCUGAAGGAAGACGAGACUUUUCUGGAGAUUUCCGAUGACGCGGCAGAAACCGACCACAACGCCGGGGUUUGAUGGAGAAGAAGAGAAACGGAACAAACUGUGCCAACCACCAACCUGUGUUUUACAGCCACAGAAUAUUUAUUAAAGCUGUCCUAUGCAUGAACUGAAAAUUGUUAUUGCAAUAAUGUACCUUUUAUUAUUGAAACAUUUGUAUUUUCAGCAAUCAGCGAGGUAAUCCUACUCAUUUGUGAAUUUCUUUUGAGUGCAGUAAGUUUCCGUGUACUCGGCUGCAGUCCGAUUCAUUUUUUAAUGUUACGUAAAGCUGCUUUAAGAUCAUUUCAAUAAAAUUACAGCAACCAUA